AUGGAGGAAUUGGGCAAUGAAUUUUCGGAAAGUACCAAUAUCCAAAUUGUCAAAAUUGACGGUGACGGCGAUGGGAAACGUAUGCGGAAAAAGUAUAAAGUUGCAGGGUACCCCACACUAUUGCUUUUUACUGACUCACUGUCUCAUCCCAUUACUUACAACGGUCUGCGAGACCAGGAGUCAUUGAGUAACUUCAUUAAACUCGCUUCCAGGGCUGCAGACAAACAGUAUAUGAAAGGCGAUGAAAACUCCCAAAGAUCUGUGAUGUAUUUGAGCGAGGGAGAUCUUGAUUUGCUAGAAAACAUUGCAUCAAACAAAAAGCUCGUCUUAGUACAGCACAAGCAGAUUCUGUCUGACUCCCUCCUGAGUUCAUGGAACGAACUUGCCCAAGUCUUCGGAAAUAAUGCUGAUAGUGUAAAGUUUGUUGAACUUCAUAUUACCGAUCCAGGUGUACUUAGUCUGAGUUUUGAUGUCUCAGAUUUACCAGUGAUCAUUGAAGUCGAGUCUGAUGCUCUUGAAAAUUCACCAUAUGUGCAGCAAGUGAAGAAAGAUAACAUUUUUGGCCUCGUCGAACAAAUCUUAAGCAAAUCAGAAAAUGGAGAUGUUCUUUCUGAUAGAAAUGCUGGAAGGCUUUUGUUCGUAGACAAGCGAAUCAGAUUUGAGAAUACCGACGAUGGCGAAAAUCUUCUCAGAGAUAUUGUCCUGAUGCUUGACUACCAAAGUGCCGAGGCUAAGGUUUUGUUUGAUAGAUACAAUGUGGAGUAUGGUGCUGAUUUAUCGAUGCUUCCAUAUUACCAAAAAAUCGUGGCGAAGAUCCUUGCAAAUGAUGAAUCAUGGUUGAAAACUGAGUCAGAUCGCUUGCAACUGAUGCUUGGUAGCUUGGAUAUGAUGACAAAAAGUGACGGUCUCUACGCCAUGAAGAGAGCCAACAUUUUGAAGGCAAGUAUAGUAGGAAGAAGAUUAUAA